CUUUGUGCUUCAUGUACAUGUGUGUAUUCCACCCCUCCGGAGGUGCCCAGAAGAGACUCCAACACGGCCGCCGGGGAAAGACCGCCCAACAUGCCCACGGAGACACUGCAGACAGGUAGCAUGGUGAAGCCGGUCAGCCCGGCCGGCACCUUCACCUCGGCUGUGCCCCUGCGCAUUCUCAACAAAGGCCCUGACUACUUCCGCAGGCAGGCUGAACCCAACCCCAAGCGGCUCAGUGCCGUGGAGCGGCUGGAGGCCGACAAGGCAAAGUAUGUCAAGAGUCAGGAGGUGAUUAAUGCCAAGCAGGAGCCAGUGAAGCCCGCAGUGCUCGCCAAGCCGCCUGUGUGCCCCGCAGCCAAGCGCGCCCUGGGCAGCCCGACACUCAGGGUGUUGGGCAGCAACGCCAAGACCGAGAGCGGCGUGCAGAGGGAGAACCUUAAACUUGAGAUUCUGAAAAACAUCAUUAACAGCUCUGAAGGCUCCAGCUCAGGCUCAGGCCACAAGCACGGACCCCGAAACUGGCCACCACACAGGGCUGAUGCCACAGACCUGCACCGGCACUCCUUUGCAGAGUCGCUGAAGGUCUACCCAGGCCACGGCAGUCCGCAGGAGAGCAGCUCCCACGUAAGCAGGAGGCUUCUGGAGCAGUCAGCGGAGUCCUUCCUCCACGUCUCCCACAGCUCCUCGGACAUCCGCAGGGUGUCAGCUGUGAAGCCCUUAAAAGCAAUCCCCUGCAGUAGUUCCGCCCCACCCCUGCCUCCCAAGCCCAAGAUCGCAGCCCACCCGACCACCAAGUCCCCGGAAGUAGACGCUGUGGAACCAUCCUGCGGGGUCAGCAGGAGACCCUCCUUGCAGAGGUCCAAGUCCGACUUGAGUGACAGGUACUUCCGUGUGGAUGCCGACGUGGAGCGCUUCUUUAACUACUGCGGCCUGGACCCCGAGGAGCUGGAAAACCUGGGUAUGGAAAACUUUGCAAGGGCUAACUCUGACAUCAUCUCCCUCAACUUUCGAAGUGCAAGCAUGAUCAGCUCAGACUGUGAACAGUCUCAGGACAGCAACAGUGACCUUAGAAAUGACGACAGUGCCAAUGACCGGGUGCCAUACGGCAUUUCUGCCAUCGAGAGAAAUGCCCGGAUCAUCAAGUGGUUAUAUAGCAUCAAACAAGCACGGGAGUCGCAGAAGGUCUCCCAUGUGUGA